CUCCAAAUAUACAAACAUAAAGCACAGUGUGUCUGUAAUUUCAGGAAAUCAGAAAUCAUAGGGCUGUGAUCACUCAGCAUUCCUUGGUUGUCCUCCUGAUCCUGACUCAUUCUGAGUAAAAUCAGCAGGGACAUCUGACCAUGGGAUGGGGGUUGGGGGAUUGCCCUAGUCCCCGGGAGAGGGGGAGUAGGGCACAUCUGGAUUCCUUCCCCCAGUGUGGCAUCUUCUUCUGGAUUAAAAGGAAUUAGGGAUGGGGAAAUUUAAACUAUUCAGGUCUGGACCUGGUUUCCCUCUAGGACCAUGUGGUUCAUUAGUAAAUCUUAAAACCCACAGACAUAAACCUGUGUUCUUGAGGGUCUAUGUUUGUAAUCCAGCUAGAAACUGAAUCUAGAGCCCAUGUAUUAUCCUUUCUGUUCAAAGGACCCUCUUUUCCUCUUCCCCCAUAUCUGUUUAGGGAAGACAAUGGAGUUUGGGGAUGUGGUUUAGGGACUGAACUAGACUCUUAUGAUCUGUCACAUGCCUGGAUAUUGGGGGAAACGUUUGGAGAAGCUCAUAUGACUGGAUCUGGAUCGGGGAUUUUAAUAAUUGGACAGCUAAUGUUCAUCAGGCAUCCCACCAUCUGAGACUUUUAGCAACAAAGAAGUCACAUGAGAGUUUGUCAGUGCUUAUGGCACUGAUUCAGGUGCUGUCAUCAAUAACCAGGAUACUGUUUUUGGUUACUUUAGAACCGGUUUCAUCUGGACUUUCUGGGCAUAUCCUUCCUCAGCAAAACCAUAUUAGGCUGGGAGAGCUUCCUGCCUGGAAGCAGUGACAACUUUUAGCCAACAAGCUUAUAAAAUAUAAAUGAUUUUGGAGCCUGUGGCUUCUCAUACAUACUGUUGUCUAGCCUUUUGAGUUUAUUCCCUCAUCCCUGAUGUAAGUGACAAAUUCAGACACAAGGUUGAAAACUGAGGUUUCAAAAUUGGAGAAAUGGGUAAUAACAGGAAAAGGGCAGGAAGGGAUGUAAUCCCCCAAUGUAAUAAAUAACAUAUAAUAAAGAAGAAAGAUGGGGGACACCAGGACUGUUUCCUUCUAUUUAUCCAACAAAGGGAAGGUAAGUCCCAACUUGAGCAAUGUGUAUUGAGGCCUUUUUUUGUCUGCCUGAAGUCAUGUGAAACUAAAUAGCAAGUCUCCACCCUGGCACACACUCCGUAUGCGCACAGAAACACUGCAAAUCUGCUGCCCCCUUUCCUCCUCCCUAACCCCCCUUCUCUCAGCAUUUCUGUCCCCGCCUCCCUUCCCUAUCCAAAUUUUCCAGCCAGCAGCUGGAGAUGACUUCCGCAAUCCUGAUGGAAUAAAUCCACCACCCCUAGUCAGCCGCCCACAUUAUCCACACUUCCCUGCCGAAACGAGCCCAGAAAACAGAUCCCCAUCAGCAGGUAAAGUUUUCAACUUCCUACAUCUUUUAGAUUCUCAUUCCUGCCAGUUUUCCAUUUUAGGAGUAUUAGGGAUGUAGUGACUUGGGAAUCAAAAUGAACUUUUUAGGCUGUGUGGAUGAAAACAGUGAUGCCCUUCUUAGGUCAUUUCCUGGCCAAAAAAGAUCUGCCUGGAAAUCGUUAGGAUUCCUUCUAUGAUUUGUAUAUAUAUAUGCAUGGUUGUUAGUGAAAGCAAAGAAUAUAAGGAAUCCUUUGCCAAUCCCUCAAAAAGUGGCCUCUCUAUGGAGGGUGUUCUCUUUUGGCCAAAGGUACCGAAAGGGUUAACUGACUAGUGGGAAGGAGGAGUGGUGUAGGGAGCUGGUGGGCUCAGUACUUCCUACUCAGAGACAUCUCAAAGCCCUUAACACUUCAGAUAUUAAAUGUCCUGCUGGACAUUUUGCCAGUUUGCAAAGAUUACCAAAAAAAUGGGCUAUAAAUUCAAAUAUUAUGCAAGCUGUAUGACUUGCUACAGACUGUAAAUUGUUCUUAAAAUGGAAGACACAUAAUUCAAGCCACUGCAAGAAGUGAGUGAAGCUAGAGUAAACUUCUGAAAAGCCGUGCAUUUAAUGAUCAUAGAACAUUGCUUUUCUGUCUUAAUAGUCUUCUAACAAACUUUGGUUCUCAGGCUUUAUGUCUUGUGACUCGGUCACAGAGGUUUUUUUUGUCAGAAAAGAAAGGAAAACCUUCCUGCCCACAGCAGCUGGUUGAGAUUAGGACAGUUUCCUGCCUGAGGGGAGAGCAGGAAGAGAAAGGAGGAAGAAAAACACAAGAAGAAUGAGGAGACAGUAAACAUCUCAGAGAAUAGCAAAUACUGUCAACUUUUCCCUUGUCCUCUCCUGGCAAGAUCUGGAAAACUGUCAGAAUUCAGACAAAGAAGAGAAGAGUGCCUUGAAGAAAUGAUCAAGAAGCAAAACUUAGCUGGAAAUCUCUUCUUUGUGUAUUCUCCAACCCUAUUCAUCCUGCCUUGCACUCACUCACCUUGUCCAUCUCCUCCAAGUCUGCUGGGGUCACUGGGGGAGCCAGGUGCUCAGCCCAUCCUGAUUGUCCAUUUUCUACCCCUUUUCUGGUUGUCUGUGCAAUUGUGUGUGUGUGUGUGUAUGUUGAUUCUCCCUAGAUCAAAAUACUUGGAACCAGAUGUAUCAGCACCCCGUCUGACCCCAGACCCCUUCUGACUACCAUUGUUUGUUUUAUCAUAUGGAAAUCACCCUCAAUUCUUUGUCUACCUUCCUCAUAAAGCCUAGUUUUCCUUUGCUUUGUGGUUGGGAGGAAGGGAUUCUUAACUUGGGUCCCCAGAAUUAUUGUGUGUGCAUACAUUUUUCUGGUGAGAGGGACUAGAGUGGGUUGCAAAAUUUUGUUAGCUUCUCAAAGGAGUCUUUGACUCCCAAAGGUUGAGAAGCACCUGUCUGGGAAUAUGGCUCCAGUUAUUUCCUCAUCCCAAGUCAGGCUAAGAACCCCUUGGCAAAUGGAAGAGUCUCUCCUAAUUAUCCCUUUCCCCAGAAUGUGGGGGCUCAAGGUUCUACUGCUGCUGCCCGUGGUGAGCUUUGCUCUAUAUCCUGAGGAGAUACUGGACACCCAAUGGGAACUAUGGAAGAAGACCUACAGGAAGCAGUAUAACAGCAAGGUGGAUGAAAUUUCUCGGCGUUUAAUUUGGGAAAAAAACCUGAAGCAUAUUUCCAUCCAUAAUCUUGAGGCCUCUCUUGGUGUCCAUACAUAUGAAUUGGCCAUGAACCACCUAGGGGACAUGACCAGUGAAGAAGUGGUUCAGAAGAUGACUGGACUCAAAGUACCCCCCUCUCAUUCCCGCAGUAAUGACACCCUCUAUCUCCCAGACUGGGAAGGCAGAGCCCCAGACUCCAUUGAUUAUCGAAAGAAGGGAUAUGUUACUCCUGUCAAAAACCAGGGUCAGUGUGGUUCCUGUUGGGCUUUUAGCUCUGUGGGUGCCCUGGAGGGACAACUCAAGAAGAAAACUGGCAAACUCUUAAAUCUGAGUCCCCAGAACCUGGUGGAUUGUGUGUCUGAGAAUGAUGGCUGUGGAGGGGGCUACAUGACAAAUGCCUUCCAGUAUGUGCAGAAGAACCGGGGCAUUGACUCUGAAGAUGCCUACCCAUAUGUGGGACAGGAUGAAAGUUGUAUGUACAACCCAACAGGCAAAGCAGCUAAGUGCAGAGGGUACAGAGAGAUCCCUGUGGGGAACGAGAAAGCCCUGAAGAGGGCAGUGGCUCGAGUAGGACCUGUCUCUGUGGCCAUUGAUGCAAGCCUGACCUCCUUCCAGUUUUACAGCAAAGGUGUGUAUUAUGAUGAAAACUGCAAUAGCGAUAAUCUGAACCAUGCAGUUUUGGCAGUGGGAUAUGGAAUCCAGAAGGGAAACAAGCACUGGAUAAUUAAAAACAGCUGGGGAGAAAACUGGGGAAACAAAGGCUAUAUCCUCAUGGCUCGGAAUAAGAACAACGCUUGUGGCAUUGCCAACCUGGCCAGCUUCCCCAAGAUGUGACUUCAGCCAGCCAACCCCAUCCUGCUCUUCCGUUCCUUCCACGAUAGUGCAAGUACUGAUGUACUUUGGAAGGGAGUUGGUGGCCUUUCUUGAAGCAGAUGUCAUGAUACAGAGAUUGUCUGUUCAGUUUCCCCAUUUGUUUGUGCUUCAAGUGACACUUUUUCUACUUUCCUUCUCUCCACCCAAGGCCUUUCACUGUGGCCACAGUAGGAAUUUCCCUAACAGGUGUGCGUUCUCAGGCUAAGAGAUGUGACCACAGCCUGCCCUGACUGUGUUGUUCUGGGGCUAACUCUGUGCAAAUAGUUAGAGGCUAGAGAUCUUCAGAUAGGCUAGAUUCUCAUUCACAGGGACUAGUUAGCUUUAACCAAUCUAGAGGACUAAGAUGACCUGACUUCUCAGUCUCCAAGUUUACUUCUUCUAUACCCUCAAGGUAGAAAUUUCUAUGUUUUUCACCCCAAUUCAUAAAUCUACUCAUAAAUCUUUGGUGCAAGUUUACAUGAUACAAGAAAUGUGUUUUCUUUGUCCUUCUUUGCAUUUUUAAAGUAAAGCAAGUAUUUAUCUCUUGUCUGUAAUUUAGUAAAUAGCUAUUUAGUAAACAUUGAUUUUGUGUUGGAUACUGUGCCAGGUGCUGGAGACAAAAAGAUGAAUAAAACAUAUUCCUUAUACUUGAUGUGCUCAUAGUUUCU